UUUUUUUAUAAAUUAAUGGAAGGCGGAGCUUAACCAACUACAAAUGAAGCAAAGGAGGGACAUGAAUUACACGUUCAAACCUUGGAAAAUAAGAUUAGAGAGCUUCCUCUUAAGGAUAGACUCAAGGCAAUUGCUAUCUAACAUCAUUAUCUAUAAAAGGAGAAAUUGGACAAGGAAUGUGAUGAGAAGAUCCAUGCUCUUUAAAAACAAUAUGAUAUCAAAUCCCUUCCAAUUUAUGCAGAAUAGCAAUCUCUCAUUAAUGGCUAAAGAGCUGUAAGUGCAGAAGAACAAGAACUUUUCAAGGAAUUCUUUUCCGAAGCUGAAUUAUAAGAAGCCUAAUAAAUUGCCUAAAAAGCUGAACCAAUUGAUAACUAUUGGGGAACCGUCUUAACAAAUUGCGAUAAUUUAUCUCACGUCUUUGGAGAAAAGGAUAAGGACAUCCUUAAACACUUAACCUCAAUUGUUUUGGAAACCUCAGCUGACACUGAAGUCUUCACCCUUAGAUUUACAUUCAAGGACAACGAAUAUUUCAAAAACAAAGAAUUGACAAAGAAAUUCAUCAUUGAAGAAGGCAAAGACUUCCCAACAAGUACAGUAGGAACUGUGAUAGAAUGGAAUGAAGGCAAAGAUGUUACAGUUAAGAUAGUAGAGAAGAAAUAAAAAAAUAAGAAGACUGGAGCCUCAAGAACCAUCAAAAAGAAGGAAACAUAAUUGAGUUUCUUCAAUUUCUUCAAGAAUUCAGAAGAUAAGGAUGAAGGAGAAGAAGAAGGAAAAGCUGGAAAUAUUGAUGAAGAUUAUGAAAUUGGAAAGACCAUUGCAGAGGAAGUCCUUCCUUAUAGUUUGGAAUAUUUCUUAGGAAUUAAUCCAGAUGAUGAAGAUUAUGAGGAUGUUGAUGAAGAUGAAGACGGCGAGGAUGACGAGGACGAAGAAGAUGAUGAUGAUGAGGGUGAUGACAAAAAGAAACUUUUAUAGUAAAGAAAGAAGAGUGGUGACAGCAAAAAGUCUGAUAAGGAUAAAAAAGGAAAAGCUGAAAAACCAGAAUGCAAAUAAUAAUGAGAGUAUUGGUUUGUGUACAAAAAUUAUAAUCUAUAUUUUAAUUUUGCAAA